AACAACAUUUUUCAUAAUAUUAUUUCAUUCAUUCUCCCAAAAAAAAAAAAUAAUAAUGAUAAUAAUAACCCAAAGUUUCUCUCACCAUAAUCAUCCUCGAUAUCCCCACACAAUUGUCCCUUCUUCUCCAAUCAAUACUGUAUAGUAAGUACCGUUACAUACAUUCUUUCUAGAGGGAUUAACAGAAGCUCUGCUUUUCGUGCGCUGCAGAGAAUUCACAGGCUGAAGAAAAUGACUGAUAAUCCAAAACUGGAGGAGAAUAAUAUGGGUCCAGAUUGUGUAUCGGGUCAAGUAAACGGGUUGGAGCAUUCGAGCACGAAAUCCGAUAGCUUCGUGGUGGAUAUGGAACGGUUUUCUCAUAUUUUAGAAAAAGACAUAAAUGCACAUUCAAGAAUUACAUUGCAGAGAAACCUUUCGAGAAAAGGAACUGCCAGAACUGGAGAGAACAAAGUCGAUAGAGACACUGCUCUGCUUGCCAUCUCACCAAAAGCUGCUUUACAUGGAGGAGGCGGCAGCACGCCCGAAAAGGCAGAGGGGGUGGUGGCUGUGGGGCCCACAGACCAAUCAAUCACACCUCAAGUUCAUCAUCAGAUCACAAUCACUAACGGCAGCCUGAACGGCGUGCCGGCGGCGGUGGAGAGCAAAUUGGGCGGAAGGAGAUUCAGUUUCAGGCGAUCGUCUCCUCCGACGUGGACUCUCAAUCCUAAGAGGAUAUUUCUCUUCUUUGCCACAUUGUCGUGCAUGGGAACAAUGGUGCUGAUCUAUUUCACAUUAUCCAUGGGAAACUUCAAAGGCGAUGAAAACGCACUCGAUUGAAUAACAUGACAUCAAAUUGUAGAACGCUCGAUUAUUACAGGACCAACUCUUGAUCGUAAUAUAAGGUUGGAACUACAAAAGAUUCAAAACAAAAAGAACACAGAGAAACACAAUUUUUUGGCAGAAAGGGCAUCGAACUUUUUUCAACAGCAGAUAGGCGCCGCAGCGUUAAGACAGAAAUCGAGAAUCUUUUUUUAAUUUCUUUUUGUUUUUUAAUUGUUGCAAGAGUGGAAGACAUCAAAAGUACAUGAUGCUGUAUACCUUUUUAAUGUUAAUUUGAAAGGCAGAAAGAAAGCCCAUUUUGCAAACUUUUUUUUUUGUGUGUGAUUAGGAAAGAAACAGAGAAAUGUAGGGAUUUGUGCUGCAUAAUACUAAUGUAGCAUGGUCCUUCAAAUGGAAUUUUCAAAUAUA